AUGCUGGUGAUGCAGCUCCCGAUCCAGAUGGUCGCCGUGCCCGCCACCCUGGCGCCGCAGCAGGGCGCGGCCCACAUGGAGCCCUGGGGCCUGGGCGGGGACCGCGCCCUCGGCGCCGUGGUUCCGCCGCCGCCGCCGGCAGUGGCCCGCACGACCUCGAGGGGCUCGAAGAACCACUUCAAGGGCCAGUGCCGCCCGUGCCGCUUCCACGGGGCCCCGGAGAAGUGCCCCCGCGAGGACUGCAACUUCUGCCACUUCCCCCACGGCGAGGAGAAGUUCGCCCAGAUGGAGGCCUUCAGCGGCCGGGCCAAGGCGCGCAAGCCGCGCUCGGGCGCGGGGCCGAGGGAGGGCCAGCCUGGCCAGCGGCUCUCCCUGUGCGACCACCUGGACCUGGUGGGCUCCUGGGGCGGCUGGCAGCAGCCCGCCAGCAGCAGCAGCAGCAGCAGCAUCUGCUCCUGGAGCGGGAACGAGCUCGCCGAGGCGCCCGUGCGCGGAGCCGCGUGGCUGGACCUCAGCGCCGAGGGCAGGCAGCGGCUCGAGGCGAUCCUCAUGAGCGCGCAGCCCGGGCACUACGACGACUGA